AGCGCGCGAAAGUUCUAUUUGUGACGUCACAAUCACAACCAGCCUUGCGAGCAUGCGCAGACGAAAACACAAACGGCGCUGAGGAAAACUUAAAAAAAAGAAAUGGCGGGAAUUGAUGAUCGAAAAAUGCUAAAGGCGAUUCAGCAUAUUUCUGAAGGGAAUUUUUACGGAUUACACGUUACUAAUAAGGCACAGCGCGUGAGUUUGGAUAGAGAAUUGAAGACUCUUGAGGCGUGUAAGGACGCACAGACUCAUAGCUACCGCAAGGAAGAGAAAGAGCUGCUGAGUGCUUUGUUGAGGUUGCAGAGGUGCAAGGACACGGAUAACCUGAUAGAAGAGCACUUACGCAACCAUUACGCCGAGUAUGGCGGGCAUAAGCCAGAUUCCCACUAUGGUGAUGUUAGCCAUAAGCCAGGUUCCCACUAUGGUGAUGUUAGCCAUAAGCCAGGUUCCAACUAUGGAGAUUCUGGUCAGAAGGCAGCUUAUCGCUAUGUGGAUCAUGGUGUCAAGCUAGGUUCGCAUUUCCACGAUCGUCGUCGCAAGUCCCUUUCCGAGGAUCAAACCAAAGUGUCACAGACUAGUCUUUCAAUGCCGCUGUCACCCAAUGCUACCUUAAACCCGAUGAAACACCCAGGCCCAAGGCGGAUUCCGCGUGAAGAGCCAGCUCCGGGUCUUCCCCUACGGGAGAUGGGCUCCGAAAUUCAUCGCACGGGUGCGUUUAUCGACUGCGUGAUUUGUCAUCUACCGAGAUACUUACAACUUGGUGGGCAGGGCCAGGUCUGUACUUGUGAGAAGGGGCCUGGGCACGAGUCACAUAGGGUUCACUCCAAGAAAGAACACUUGAAAGCGGGGCCCCAUAAGAAGACAAAAGAAACAGACAUCACGGAGGCAUCCACUGAUCGAAGAAAGAGCAUAGACCAGGACGAUAUGCAAGGAUUCCUUGAAAAACUGAACAGAGAGAUGAACAUCGUGCUCAGUGAUGACAAGAAACGGGGGGACACGGACGACAAAGUGCCCCACCCCCAUCCCCCUUGUGGACCACGGCCGAGGCAGGGGAGCUUAGAUGAAGAUCGUUUCAGCACAAGGAGGUACAGCCUUGAUGAGAACGGAGCAUUCCGGGGCCGAAGACAGAGUAUCGAUGAGAACGGUGGGUAUCGGGGCCGAAGACAGAGUAUUGAUGAGAAUGGGGCAUAUCGCGGACGAAGGCAAAGUAUAGAUGAGAACGGUCCUUACAUCAUGGCACCACGCUUAACGCAACGUGAUAGCAUAGAAGAGAUGGAUGGUAGGAAGCGUGGCUUCACCAACGAGAUGGACUACCGGAGGCGAGGGUGGACGAACGACUGGAGGGAGAGGCUUGACAGCAUAGGCGGGGAGUCUUACUAUUCCAUUGGCGACAUCCGCAGCCGGACCGGGACCUUUGAAGACCCAAAGGCCUACAGAAAGGUGUUCCGAGCCCACCCGCCCUUUGGACACCACCAGGAAGCACAUAGUGGAGGGCAUGCGCACACCGAACGUGGUUCGAGCAGUCAUCUUCCCCAGCUCACGAAUUUGUCAAACGAUGAUAAUAAGGAAGCGUACCACAUGUUGGUCCACCCGGAUAACAUCCACGACCAUCACCAUUACCUCCCUUAUGAGGCGAACAAGGACAACAAGAAGGGUCGUCACCAAGGGUACGGUCGCCAUGACAGCCAUGCUUCUCACGGUGGAAGUGUUAGCAGCGGACGCCAUCGCGAAGAGUAUCACCACAAAAGGGGUGGGCAUUCCCAUGAUAGGCAUCACCAUGGUUACUACAUCCAUAAGUAUGACCACUCGGGAGCGAGGCAGGUGGCGUAUAUUCCCGCCAAAGGGAGUUCACACGUGGCUGAGAUCAUAGAGAAGCAACACGAGCCCGACAGCAAUCAUCUGGCGAUCCUUAGCAGGCUGCGACAGCUACUGAGUGUUUAUCAGCAGAUGGACGACUCCACGCGCAAGUACCCAUGGCCCAGCCCUCCAAGUGCACCCAUGACGAGCGAAGAGUUUGAAAGACUAAAGGACUGUAGAUAUCUCCGUCUUCCUAAGAGCAUGGAGGAUGCGCGCAUGGAAACCGCGACAUAUGGGAAAUAGUACACUUGGCUACGCCUCUUCAGGUGGAACUUACUGUUGUCCUUCACUAACUUUUGGCAGCGGAAGGACGAGCCCGAGUAAUAAUUACAUACAGGAACUGUAUUAUCAGUCAAGUUUUAUCAUAAAACUCCCCUUGUCCA